GAUGUACGAUUGAAGUUAAUAAAUUGAAUGAACCGAAACAGAGGUAGCAAUUCAAAAUAUGGCGGAAUUCAUAGAGUCAAAGUUGGAAAUAGUGAUGUUCCCAUGGCUUGCUUUUGGGCAUUUGAUUCCAUUUAUGAAUCUCUCAAAUGAACUUGCAAAAAGAGGUCACAAUAUCACAUUCUUGUUGCCCAAAAAUGCUGAAACUAGACUUCAAAAACUCAAUCUUUACCCGAAUCUCAUCAAAUUUCAUAAACUGAUAAUACCUCAUGUUGAUGGCCUUCCAUAUGGAGCAGAGACAACAGCUGAUGUUCCUGGACCAUUGGAGAGUCUGUUAGCCACAGCUUUUGAUGAAUUGUAUGAUGAAAUCAAAUCAAUUCUUCAAAAUCUAAAACCCCAUUUCGUUUUCUUUGAUUUUGCUUAUUGGAUUCCUGAUUUAGCGAAAGAAAUUGGGGGUAUCAAAACUCUGAUUUACCUACUUAUUUCCCCUGCUGCACUGUGUAAAUCAACGGAUAAGGCUACUUUUAUGACAUCAACUGCAGCUGAGCUAGUAAAGCCACCACCAGGUUACCCUUCUACUACUGUGGUGUUGCAUGAAAGCGAAGCUAAGUUGUUGUCAUUUGUAUAUCAAGAAUAUGGCAAGGGGGUCACGUUUCAAGAACGAUUGGACAAGGCACUUACACGAUGCGAUGUAAUAGCUGCAAAAACAUGUAGAGAGAUUGAAGGUAUCUUUUGUGAAUACAUAGCAAAUCUACUUGAAAAGCCAGUCAUUUACACUGGACCUGUGAUUCCCGAGCCCAAAAAAGAGCAACAUGAAUUAUCAAAUUGGCUCGAGAAAUUCGAGCCAGGAUCAGUAGUGUUUUGUGCAUUUGGGAGCCAAUUGAUUCUUGAAAAGGAACAGUUUCAACAACUUGUUUUAGGCUUUGAACUGACUGAGUUACCAUUUCUUUUAGUCGUUAAACCACCUCAAGGGACAAAUUCAGUAGAAGAAGCCUUGCCAGAGGGAUUCAAACAAAGAAUUCAAGAAAAGGGACUGAUUCUUGAUUGUUGGGUGCCACAAUUGGAGGUUUUAAGACACAAAUCAGUUGGUUGUUUCGUGACUCACUGUGGUUAUGGGUCGAUGUGGGAGUCUUUGGUGUUGUGUGAUUGUCAAUUGGUGCUUUUGCCAAGGCCUAUUGAUCACAUUUUUACUGCUAGGCUGAUGGGACAACACCUUAAGGUUGGUGUAGAAGUGGAGAAGGAUGAAAAUGAUAUGUUUACUAAAGAGAAUUUGUGCAAGGCUGUGAAAUGUGUGAUGGAUAAAGAUAACCAAAUCGGUUGUCUCGUGAAAGAGAAUCAUAGGAAAUGGAAGGAACUUCUUUCGAGUCCUGGAUUCAUGAGUAACUACAUCGAUAACUUCAUUCAAGACUUGCAUGGACUUGUAGUUGAAAAUAGUUAGCAGGGUGGAAGCUACGAGUUUGCAUAAUUCAGUGUAUUGUGUUAAGAAAUUUUGCUUAAUAUGUAUGAAUAAUCCAUUUCAAUCGAAUCAGAAUUUAUAAACUCAAAA